CGCGGUCUCUGCUCUGAGUCCGUGUUCCAAUCGACACUUGACACUCGACACCGCGGCACCGCGAGACUUUCGGUUUGACUCUCAACUUUGCGCUGUCGAUAUUCGAAUGCCCCAAAACAUCAGAAGAGCACAAGGCUACUGCUGUAUCAUACCUCCGAUCAUCCUCCGAUAUAUUCAACCGGGAAGUUUGUCCGAUGUCCGCGAAAGUCGUGCUACUGGGCUGUGCUCAAGAUGCGGGACUCCCGCAGAUGGGAUGCGGCUGCCACCAGUGCGAGUAUGCUCGACGCAAUCCUGAGUUCAAAGAUGGGCUGGUUGUGUGCUUAGCCCUGGUGGAUGAAACAGAGGGAAAGGUGUUUCUCAUCGAUGCAACCCCAGAUCUCCGCGAGCAACUUUGGUACAUCCAGCACCCGAAACGAAAAGCAGGUGACAGUGGACGCCCGUUGGAGCUUGGGGGUAUUCUUUUGACCCAUGCACAUAUUGGGCACUACACUGGAUUACUUCAACUCGGCAAAGAGGAAGCAGACAUGAGGGGUGUGCCGGUUUUCUGCACCCCGAGCAUGGCAUCCUUUUUGCGCAGCAACCAGCCCUGGCGCCAGCUGACGGACCGAGGCAACAUCACCAUUCAGGAGUUGGACAUCGACGCGACCGACAAUUCCAAAGACGCGGUGCCGGUUCAGCUCACGCGUUCGCUGUCCGUUCUUCCCGUGCCUGUUCCCCACCGGGCGGAACUGUCCGAUACGAUAGCGUACGUGGUUUCGGUAGCAUCGCGAGCUGUGGAUGCCUCCGGUACGGCCGUUUCUCACACGUCAAAGCUGGAUCUUGGACCCCCCGCAGAGGUCUCAAGUGGCGAAAACGAUACAAUGAAGCUCCUUUACUGCCCCGACACGGAUGGCUGGUCGGACUGGAAACGGAACAUCAGCAGCUGGUGCAACGAGGUAGACGUGGCGUUAUUGGACGCGACGUUUCACGGCAAGGGGGAGCUGAAGGGCCGUGAUAUGAGCGAGGUGUCUCACCCCAUCGCAACAGAGACCAUGGCUCAACUGGCUGGCUGUAAGGCCGAAGUUGUCCUCAUACAUCUCAACCACACCAACCCGCUUCUCACGGCGGACUCGCCCGAGCGUGCCCAAGCGGUAGCAGCGGGUUACAAGGUGGGUUCGUUCGGCAUGGAGUGGGCCCCAACCUUGGAGACACCCGCGGACAGCAGAGCUUAGGGGAUGUACAAACGACGCUUGGCCUUGGUUCUUGCGGUGCAAGUUUUUUGGACCAACCGAUUACACGAAAGCACC